AUGCACUACGCGACUACGGGAACUGAAAGCUCACAUCGGUCGAUCGAUGAUAUUUAUGUUUGUGCAAUGCAAAAUGAAUGAGAUGAGUAAAUUAAUCUGCGGCCUCAUUUGCAGCGAGCGGUUACUGUUGCUGUUGAUCUUUUAAAGCGAACGUCCGCAUUUCUUACCAUAGUCCCACCCGAAUCAACAAGAUUGGCCCAUUGUUAUUGUUAUCUCCAUUGUGAUAUCGUCCACGAACAAAGGCGAUGCUUAUCUGCCGUUUCCGAGACGUCAAUUCAUCACACUGAUUUUUUUCUUGGCGUGCAAUGGCCGGUGGACACCAUCAGUCGAAUGUAG